AUGGGCGAUUAUCUCUCCAUACCGCAACCGCUGGCCGGCACACGCGGCUCCGACAAUAUGGCGCCCGCGUCCCCGGGAACAAGUAGCCGUACGGUCUCCACCCACGGAUCCCCAGACCGUGACUCCCCUAGGGAUGCCCUCACUCAGAUGUCCGCGGACCUCGCUGCGAUAGCGGCGAAUAUGCUCACGCGUGGUGACAAGACUGAACUCAUAGCAGAGCUCCGAACCGCCAUCUGGGAAGAAAUCACGGCCGUGAGGCAGGAUCUUACAGUACUGGAGCAGAGAGUGAACGCAUUGGAAGUGCACUAG